UGUAGUAAUCAAUCUGAAAGUGGGUUUUCCAGUGGAUAUAAUAGGCACAUGUUAAAGCGCUACCCUGCCAUAUGGAGCUCUUAUUCUAUCUUCUCAUCUAGUGGAAAGUUGUGCAGCCCCACACCAGCAUUCAGAUCUCAAAAUAGACUGCUAUUUGGAUGCAAAAGCUACACAGGCUGAAGGCUUGGGUCCUCAUGCUGGAUUUAUUCGGAGGUUCAUGUGUCCUUAAUUCAUACAGAGCUCACUUCUAUAGUGAGCAAAUUGUAGGUAAAUUGGCCUAAAACUAAACCACUUUGGCCAUUUAGUGAGUUCAGUUUUACUUGUUGGCUCAGAAACAUUCUCAUAGAAAGAAUUCUUCCUCCAGGAGUGCAUUUUGAAAGCAGUUGCAGCAUUAUUUGAUUUAAACAUUUAAAAGAUGUCGGGAGUGUCUAAAGUUCAUCCAUGCUGGAAGGAUGAAAAACCCCAUCGGAAAGUGGAGAUAGACCUGAGUUCACCUGGAUUAGCAGUGUUUGAGCUGGAAAGACUCCUAUUCACAGGCAAAGCCAUCAUCAGUCAUGCGGAUGAAGUGUGGCCAAGGCUUUAUAUUGGUGACCAGCAUAGUGCAGAGAACCUGGCUGAUCUAUCCACCCAUAGGUUCACCCACAUCUUGAACGCAGCUCACAGUAGACGAAAAGGAAAACCAGAGUAUUAUGAGGGAAUGAACGUCACAUACAUGGGCAUAGAGGCCAGAGACUCCUGUAAAUACGACAUGAGCAUCAGCUUUCAGACAGCUGCAGAUUUCAUUCACACAGCUUUGAACAGAGGAGGCAAAGUACUGGUGCAUUGUCAUGUGGGAGUGAGCCGUUCUGCCACCCUGGUCCUUGCUUACCUGAUGCUCAAGCAGAAUCUGACUUUAGUGGAGGCGAUUUGUACAGUGAAAGACAGCCGAGGGGUGAUUCCCAAUCGAGGCUUCCUCAGACAGCUCAUUAAGCUGGAUGGACAGCUCUUUGGCAAACACUGAACCCUUUACAAUAGUUUUAC